CUCGUGUAAUAAUGGAGAGAGAAAAAGGUUGUAGAACCGUCUUAGGUGGUCGUGCGGAGAUAGACACGAGACCACCGUUUGGAUCUGUGAAAGAAGCUGUGGCUUUGUUCGGAGAGAAAGUUUUAGCCGGAGAGGUUUAUGCAACUAGGUUUCGAGAGAUUCGAACAAAGGAAACAAAUUCAACGCCUUGUCCUCAACCGAGAUUACGAUCCCUAACACUCGAGCUCCAGCAGACAAAACAUACUCUUACAAGAAUCCUACAACAAAACACCAUCCUCUCCAACCGCAUUCAAACCCUAACACAGGAACUCGAACAUGAGAGGAAAGAGAUCAAACGACUCAACAUGAUAAAGUCAAGUCUCCUAGAGAAUCCAGAGAUCGAGGAACUUAAGUUCGUGGAACAUCAUCAAACGACGACGUCCAAAGAUAUUGAAGAAGAAAUUGUAACGAUGGAGGAGUUUGAGAAGAGGAGACUCGUCACGUUCGCGAGCUCUCCUCUGCUUACACGUGUGAUGUCAAGCGUUGAGGAGGAGAUGAAGGAGAAAGAGAAGGGCUUAGAGAGGGUUUCUUCGGUGAAAAGGAUGAAACCAAAGAGGGGGUUCACUAUUUUUAGGGGAUGGUUUAGAGCUACCCGUGGAGGAGAUUGAUCAGUCUCCAAUAAUUCAUAUUUUUAUAUAGUUCAAUCUGAUGAUAAAUUGAUGUGUAUAAAUUCGCGCUUUAUGAUUUU